AUGCUCGCUCCCUUUGACGAGUGGAUUCAGUCCGACGCACGCGCCUAUAAGCAGCCCAAACCUGGAAUGGGGCCCAACUGGAUCGGCGAUACCCCAUUCCCGCUCAAUCCCUCCUUCAACCCGCCCGCUCCUAUCCGACAGAGCACAAAGACCGAAAUCUGGCGUCUGCAUGCCAGCGACCCCAAGCAAUGGACCAUCCGUGCCCUUUCGGAAAAGUUCUCGAUCGGUCUGCAGAGGACAGAGGCCAUCUUGCGAUUGAAGGCGCUCGAGAACGAAUGGACAUCACAGGACAAGCCACUGCAGAGCGAGUUCCAGUCCAACAUGGACCGCCUGCUCGGUGCACAGGAUCGCAAGCGCGUACCCGAAUCCGAACCCUCUGUGCAAUCAACGGACAAAUCCGUGCGAGGCACGCAGCACGAAGAGUUCGCCGAAGCCGAUCCCCUGGACGUUCCCUCGGUCAUCGCGCCAGCACUGGCGCAGGAGAGCCUCAAGCGAGCAAGCAUGAUCGCAGCAUUGCCAAGCGGUGGUCCAGACGUCAACUCCAAAACCUCGACCAAAUUGGUCAAGACGAAGAGAGCGCCUCUCUCCAUCACCAAGGUUUCUGGUGACUCGUACAAGGGUGCUGGGCGUGUAGAGCGAAACGUGCGUCGGGCAGAGAAGAGGAAGGCGUCCAAGACCCAGACCGGUGCCAGGAAAUGA